CAACGCGUUCUCGUCAGUUUUCGUCCUUUCCUAUCCCUUUUGUCUAUGGCUUGUGGCAACGUUUGUAUUGUGUCACGAUGAAGUUGAACGUGUCGUAUCCUGCAACAGGAUGUCAGAAGCUGUUCGAAAUUUCAGACGAGCACAAGCUCAGAAUCUUCUAUGAGAAGCGUAUGGGUGCUGAGGUUGAGGCCGAUGCACUGGGAGAUGAAUGGAAGGGCUAUGUUGUCCGUAUCUCUGGUGGUAAUGACAAGCAAGGUUUCCCUAUGAAACAGGGUGUCCUAACAAAUGGACGUGUACGUUUAUUGCUUUCCAAAGGACAUUCUUGCUACAGACCACGACGAGAUGGUGAGCGCAAGCGCAAAUCCGUUCGUGGUUGUAUUGUAGACUCCAAUUUGUCUGUACUAGCACUUGUCAUCAUCAGGAAAGGCAAACAGGAAAUUCCAGGCUUGACAGACAUGAACGUACCGCGUCGUUUGGGACCGAAAAGGGCAAGCAAAAUUCGCAAACUGUUUAAUCUUUCGAAGAAGGAUGAUGUUCGGCAAUUUGUAGUAAAACGACCGGUCCAGAAAGAAGGAAAAAAGGAGCGAUUUAAGGCACCAAAGAUUCAGCGUUUGAUCACUCCUAUUGUUCUUCAAAGAAAAAGACAUAGACUGGCACUGAAGAAGAAGCGCUGUUUGGCUCGCAAAGAGCAAGCGGCGGAGUACGCGAAAUUGCUGGCGCAACGUCAGAAAGAGGCGAAGAACAGGCGUCAAGAAGAAUUAAAACGAAGACGUAGCGCUUCUUUACGCGAAUCCAAGUCUUCAACUCAAACGGCACCAGCCGCACAACAGUAAAUCAGUUGAAUCCCGAAAUGUAUUUACACGUCAAUAAAAAAGAAUGUCAACUA